AUUUCUACAUGACGACGCGUAAGAUGCCUGAUGAACCCCAGUUCGAGCGCCCCAUAGGCAAUCAUACCUUCCACAUCGGCAGAGAAGCUGUUCUGGGUUGCUCUAUCAUCAACUUGGGGAAACAUAAGGUAACUUUGUACUUGUCUAAUAAUGUUCUAAGUAUUGUGCCACCAGACAUAAUAAACGAGGAGACAUCCGCAGACGUAUCAGCUCAGGAAUUGGACAACAUAACUCUCCUUUGCAGAGCAUCGGGUCAUCCACCUCCUAAGAUCACGUGGAGAAGAGAAGACUACGAGCCCAUGCUAUUGAAGAAAAUUGGCAAUAGGGAUUUUUUUAAAGUAGAGAGCUACGUGGGCAGCUCUUUGCCGUUGUGGCGCGUGGACCGACGGCAGAUGGGUGCAUUCCUGUGCAUCGCCUCCAACGACGUGCCUCCCGCCGUCAGCAAGCGCAUCACGCUUAAUGUUAAUUUUCCACCAACAGUAAUAGUGCCAAAUCAGCUUCUAGGAGCUCCGCUAGGAACAGAUGUAAUCCUCGAGUGUACAGUGGAAGCCUACCCCAAUACCAUCAACUAUUGGUUAAAAAAUCGAGGCGAGAUGCUACUUGACGGGCCGAAGUACGCAAUAACGGAAGAGCGUUCUUCGUACAAGGUGCAAAUGAAGUUGACGAUCAAAAAUUUCGUCCGGAGUGACAUCGGCACCUACAACUGUGUCAGUACGAACUCUUUAGGCAAGAGUGAAGGCACCCUUCGACUUUAUGAAAUAAAACUAUAUCCCAGCUCUCAAUCAGCUGCCGAGGCAAAUGUUGGAGGUCUGACAGAUGGAACGGUGAAGCAAAAGACUGCGUACAGUAAGGCUAAUGUUCUAUCUAGGACCUUAAGCGUUAUUUUAUCGAUAGUGGCUAUAAAAUUAUGUCAAUAAGUGAACCCGUUUAUAAAUACCACGAAUAUUGUACGAGUAUGUGUAUAAAGGUAGUUAUGUUUGUAAAUAGAAACAUUAGAAUUAACCUGUAUAUAGUACAGGGUGUCCUGAAAAUUAACGCGUAUCCUAUGUACAGACUUACAGUUUAACUGAGUCGGUUCCUGUAACGGAUAUAGGGAUAAAGGGAUAACAACAUUUUUCUGACGAUAUUCUAUAAGAAUUUGAUUGAAAAAAGUGCCUACCAAAUUAUUCAAUUGUUGUUAUGUGAAACGAUAAUUAAAAAACUAUUUCAUUGAUAAAUGAAUAGAUAAGCCAUUUGGCACUCUUGAUUCUAUUGUGUUUUUUAAACAAACAUACGCACUGAUUUCUACAUGGAACCGAAAAUAAUCUGAAGUCAGAUCUGUGUAGACACACUUUUAGUAUAUAAGAUUUUGG